UCCACCGCUGAGUGCCCGAGUCUCAUCUUAUUCCCUCGCCCAGCUUUCUUUCCCAGGCUCUCAACUAAAUCUCGCCAUGGCCGCCGGCGACUCGAUGCACCUCGUGUGGAUCGACGGCGCGGGAUGCACCCCCUCUCCAUGACCGCUCGCAGCCACGGGCGCACUCGUCGCCUCGUCCGCCUCCGCCAGCAGCUGGAUGUGCUCCCUCUCCAUGGCUACCGCAACCAGGGUGCGUCAGUCGCCAUGGCCAAGCUGCAACCGGUCGCGGCGGUGGCAAGUUUGUGCUGGAACCGAGGGGGUUUGCUGAAUAUUUUUUUGCUGGAUCCACCUUUUUAUUUUGCUACAACCCCUUUUAUUUUUUGCUACCACCCCAUUCGAUUUUUAUGAACAUCUUUGUUUUUUGGUGGAACCGGUGCCCUGAUUUGCUACAACCAGCUGUUAUAUGUGCUACAAGGUUGAUGCCUCCCCGGCGGAAGCUACAUCCAGCGGUGAAGAGUGCUGCAUCCAAUGCCGUCGAUGUCGGGAUCUGCAACCAUGCACGUCGGAGCUGCGACCGGCUACUAGGGGAGCUGCAAGAGGGGAGGCCAUUUUUUUGCGGAUGCGUUUUCUUUUUGCCAAACCAAUUUUGUUUUUGCUGGACCUGAUGUAUUUUUCUACUGGAACCGAGAUAUUUUUUUGCUUCAACGAUUGCAGAGCUCUCAAAUGCUCAUGUCGUUUUUGCUAGAACCUAAGUUUGUUUGUGCUGGAAGCGUUUUUGAUUUUGCUUCAACUGACCGCGGAGAAGAUUUUUCCUGGAAGAUUUUUGCUGCUUCCGAUUUUUGUUGCUGGGCACUCUGACCCCGGCGAGCGGGAGACGCAGAGAUGCUACAACUAGCCACCCGAGCGCUAUCACCACAACAAAUUGUUCUGCUACCAUCAUCUUUUUUUUAAUUGAAAACAGCUUCAAUUUUUUGCUUCCAUCAUGUUCUGUUUUUGUUGGAUCCAACUAUAUUUUUGCUUCCACCAUGGCGACCGGCGGCCGGCAGUGACGACGGCGACCGGCGGGGAGGGCAGCAACAGGCGAGUGCGCCUGGCGGUGCUUCAAGGCCGGGCACAUAGCUCAUCCAUGAAGGCACGAUGGAAUCUUUUUUGUAAAAGAAGACACCUGACGAUAGAAGAUGAGAGAGAAUCGUACGGCUACGCGUUAUUUUAUUGGACGAUGCUGGUACGACCAGUCUAAAGUUGGGCCGGCGCGCCGGCCCCUAGUAGUGCCCCAUAUCUAUAUCGUCCAGGCCUAGCCCAGCUUGUUUGAGAAAGAAAAAUGGGCUAACACUAGCUCAGCCCAAAUGCAUCCGCGAGAAAGACCUACCUACGAGUCUACGACUCCUCCUUCCGCCGCCGUCUCACAACCACAGUCCACAGUUCCCUCCACCACGGUUCCAGAGCACCCAGCCGGCAACCAUGGCGGCGCCCGCUAGUGCAGCAGCAUCACCUCCUCCCCACCAUGGCCUCCCGGAUGAGAUCUUCAUCUGGGAGAUCCUCGUCCGCCUGCCCCCCAAAGCCCUCCUCCGCUGCCGCGCCGUCUGCCGCGCCUGGCGCAGCGCCACCUCUGCCCGCGACUUCCUCCUGUCCCACCACGGCCGUCAGCCCACCCUCCCCCUCCUCCACUGCUACAACUUUGUCGGCGACGAAGUUGACUCUCUAGACAUCAUCCCCUUCGACCACCGGGCAGGGGUCGUCGCCACCGACCAGCUCCAGUCCAUCGCGCGACUUGGACACGCCUUCUUCCGUCCGCUGGCCUCCUGCGACGGCCUCGUCGUCCUCACCAAGAACUACGCCCGCUUCUCUAUCUGCAACCCGGCAACUCGUCAGUAUUCUCCACUACCACUGCUUUCUGACUUCAUUUUCUUGGGGAUGUACCAGCACGGCCCUACCGGCGAGUACCGGUUAUUGCUGGGGCCUGAAGCUCAAGAUGGCUGCUUUGUCUACACAUUAGGCUCCGACCUGCCCCCGAGGCAUGUCGACAUAGACUGCCCCGAUGUGGAGGAAGAGGAACUGAUAUACCCCUCCGGAUCUGUCCUGUUCCAUGGUAGCCUGCAUUUGUGCAUAGGCAAUAUGAUAAUUGCAUUCAACACCACUGCUGAGUCGUUCCGUCAGAUGCGUGCUCCAGUAGAUCCUUGGGGCGCUGACCUGUUUGAGAUGGAAGGAAUGCUCGGAAUGUCCAUCUACAAUGAUGCGUCGACAUCCAUUGAUAUAUGGAGGACGCAGGACUACGAAAGCGAGGUCUGGGCCUUGAAAUACCGGGUUGAAUUGCCGGUUGCAGAGUUUGGAAACUUUAGCAAACAUUUGUGGGUGGUGGUCGUCUCUUCAGACGGUGAUGUGCUUGUGCUAGUCAAAGUUGACGAUCGGCUACUUCAGAUUGACGUGGAUGGCAAGAUGGUUGCCAGUUUCCAUUGCAGAGGUCUGGGCCCUACUCGACAUCGGCUCAAGCAAACUCUAGUUUCACAUACAUUGUUUCCGCCACUAGAAGGUUACCUUGUGAACUCUUUGCCUUUCCUUUGACCAGAUGAUUAUUUUGUGUACAUUAGAAAUUAUUUUGUGAACAUUAGCAUUUCAUCUGAGGGCAGUUGAGUGUGGUGCUGCUGCUUAACGGCCUAGCUAUCCAUAUCCACAUGAGCUGCAGUACGUAUUAACUGAAUCCGCUGUGAGCCUGCUAGCUUCUCUGUUGAUUUACAAUAAGUUCUGACCAAGAAGCUUUGAUUGUUACAUCGUUGCUGAAUAUCCUUUUGGUCUGGAGGGGCUGCCGUGAGUGUUGAUCAUUUUGCAGCAUUUUGAAAUGUUUGCCAAUUGCCCUGACUCAUGUUUAUGUUUUCUUGAAUUGAAGAAUGACCAUGCUAUUUUUCUUUGUACACCCUCCGUCCCAAAAUUCCUGUCUAACAUUUGUCUAGAUAAGGAUGUAUCUAACACUAAAACAUGACUGCAUACAUCCAUAUUUGGACAAAUCUAAGACAAGAAUUUUGGGACGGAGGGAGUAUUAUAUAGUGGUUUUUAUAGUACUCAAUCGUUAGCAAUAUAGCUGCCUCUUGUCUCUGUUUAUUGAAUUGAAGAAGUGCAUUUCCUUUUAUCGAGGUUUUCUUUUACAGAGAUUACCCGGUAGUCUUAUUCACACUAAAAUUUUGCAAAUAUACAUGACUUUCCUGUUUCUAUGUUUUGUUUUAGCUGUGGAUGAAUGAGGCAGAUUAUCCUCCUUGUUGAGUAGCGAGUUGCACCUGAGUUUUUAUGAGAGUUCGGAACACUAGUUAAAUUGAAAGAUUGCAUUAUAAUUCUUGUUAAGUAUUGGAACAUAUACUAUAGUUCUUCCUUUGCUGCAUCAUUUGGAAUUAUAUUUAUCAUUUCACUUUAGCGGCUAACUAUUUUAAGGAAUCAAUGCUUCAUGUGAUGUUCGAUCUUACAUAUGCUUGAGAAAUGGAACUUGUACUGAUGAACAGAAGAAAGAUUUAUCAUGGUCAGGCUCAAGUCCAGAUUGUGUUCCCCUUUAGUCUGACAGCCAUAUUAUUUUUUCUAGCUAUGACAUGCUCAAUACAUAUGAAUUGGGUCCACUAAAUAAUUGCAUUAGUCAACUUUCCAGUAAUGUUCUGUUGCAGUUCAUUCUUGUUCAUAAUUCGAUUGCAUCUGGUUAGAUAAUGAAACAUAGUGUUAUAGUUUUGCCCUUGUGUUGCAUUGUUUGGAAUUAUAUUUAUCAUUUCAGUUUAGCCGCUAACCAUUUUCAGGAAUCAAUGCUUCAUGUUAUGUUCGAUCUUAACAUGCUCAAGAAAUGUUGUACUGAUGAGCAGAAGAAAGGUUUAUCAUGGUUAGGCUCAGGUCGCCGAUUGUUUCCUUUUAGACAAUGUAGCUGGCAGACAUGCCCUUUUUUUUUCUGUGACCGGCGCAAUGCGUAUGAAUUGGGUCAAGUAUGAGCCGCCUAGUUUGUUUUUGAUGUAUACAAGUUAUGAUCAAGAAUCUCUGACUGUUUCAUGGUUGCAUGAAAUUUAUACUUGCCUGAAUAUCUGUUUGGUUUGAAGCCGCUAGCAUGUUGAUGCUUAAAUUGUGAAGUCAUUGUGGUCAGCGUUUGAGAUAGUUGCUAAUCGAUUAGUCUCAUGCCUCUAUUUCUCUGAACUGAAGGAUCGACUUGGUUUUUUUUCAUCGAGGUCUUCAUUCUUGAAGAUCAUCCAGUGGUUUUCUAAGUAUUUAGCCAAUUUACAUCUGCUUCCUGUUUCUAAGUAUUGUUGUAGCUGAGAUUAAAUGUGGCAGACAAUCCUCUCAGUUUGUUCAGUUGCUAGCUUUACCUGUUCAUUAGAUGAGCUUGGAGCUAGCACCUGAUCACCUUUUCAUUAUACUCCCUCCGUCCUACAAUAUAAGAUCGUUUUUUAAGCUAUAUUAGAUUGAAAAACGAUCUUAUAUUGUGGGGCAGAGGCAGUAGUAAACUUACCAGUGGAAUGUUCUGUUGCAAUUUAUUCUUCUGCUUGUUUCCGUUGUAUCUAGUUAGGUAUUGAAUUGCCCUGUUAUAAUUUCAUCUUUGCCAUUUUGUUGUUUACGAGUAUCUCUAUCAUGGGCAGGCUCAGGUCCUAGAUUCUGUUGUUCUUUUUCUGGCUGUAACUGGUGCAAGGCCGUGUUCAGGAGUUGCAGGCUACUCUCAAUUGCCUGUUGCACGUUUGCCCCUGUCUGGCAUCUGCGUGUGUGUGUGAUAAAUAUACCCACUGGAGACAAAUUUUUUUCUUGAAGUGUGUUGUUACAGUUUACAGUCGAUUCAAUAUACAAGUCAGCGCCCGGAUUAAUUUAUCCCAGUGUGUCUGCUAUCUGAAACCAGUGAGCAGCUGAAGCUCUUCUAGAACAAUUGCAUGAGCUUCCAUAACUGAAUUUUUUGAUUUCCUGCCCAAGGUUGCAGUUCUUCUAGAGCAAUUACGUGAGCAUCAACUGAAUUCUUUGAUAUUCCGCACAAGGUUGUAGUUCUUCCAGAGUAAUUUCUUGAGCAUCUUUAACUGAAUUCUUUGAUUUUCCGCGCAAGGUUGCAGUUCUUAUUGUACCAGAGCUUACCGGUUGACUGGCUGAGUGAGUGCAUCUCUAUUGGGGAGUGUGUGUUCCUCGAUUCGUAUCCUGACUUUAGUAGCUGAAGCUGGAGCGA